GGUUGUCUACACUCUAUGAUUUUUUUCUAUCAAUGACACUUCACCAUAACUUGCAGAAGCGUCAACAAAUAUCAGAGGAGUCAAUUGUUGAUUAUUAAGUGAAAAAAACUCCAGUUACUGAAUAUUAGUGCUUGCUUCUAAACUGUAAAUUAUUAAAUCAUAAUAAAUCCAACAUGUCGACAGAUUUCUACAUAAGGUACUAUGUUGGUCAUAAAGGAAAGUUUGGCCACGAGUUUUUGGAGUUUGAAUUUCGUCCUGAUGGCAAAUUACGAUACGCUAAUAAUUCAAAUUAUAAAAAUGAUACAAUGAUUCGAAAAGAAGCUUACGUACAUCAGUGUGUAAUGGAAGAAUUAAAGAGGAUUAUUCAAGAUUCAGAAAUCAUGCAAGAAGACGAUUCCCUGUGGCCACAGCCGGAUAGAGUAGGCAGGCAAGAAUUGGAGAUCGUCAUUGGGGAUGAGCAUAUUUCCUUCACUACUUCUAAAACUGGAUCUCUUCUUGAUGUCAAUCAAUCUCGUGAUCCAGAAGGCUUGAGAUGUUUCUACUACCUCGUUCAAGAUCUUAAAUGUCUUGUUUUUUCACUUAUUGGAUUACAUUUUAAAAUUAAACCUAUAUAAAUGUUUUUCUUUCUAAUUUCAUGUAUGUAACUUGAUGAAUGUAUGAGUUUAAAUGCUAAUAAAUUUAUAAUAACUACGAAAUAUUUGUUGAAAAUCU